AGUCACGCACACCUGCUCGCCUUGCGCAGUCCCCCUCGUUGGCGCCCUGCAGGGGUCCAGCAAUGUCCAUGGAUGCCUCCUCUCAUGCUGACCAGCAUUUGCGCUUUGGAAGUCUUCUAAGUGCGCCUCUUCUUCUUCUUCUUCCACCUCCUGCUCCGAGUCCUCCCACGUCAAGUGGAGUAUAGUGGCGCGGCUCUCCGCAAUAACAGCCUCUCUAAACACCUCCACGGAAGACGGAUCUCGUACACAUGGAACUCUAACUAUGGAAUACCACUGGAUACUGCUGCUGUCUGUCGUGCUGCAAUCCACCUUUCCCACAGGCCACGCUAAGCCCAUCAUCACCCCGGCCGGGCCUCACCUUGUAGUCCCGCUCAACGCGCCCUUCGACCUGCGGUGCCAGGGGGAUAAGGAGAUGCAGUGGCAACGAGAGGAGCGCCCCAAGGUGCGGGGAGAGCGGAGAACGGAGGGCGUGUCGGCACUGCACAUCGCCCGAGCCCAGCCCCUCCACAUGGGCCGCUACGUCUGCUUGGAGAGGACGAGCGGGCAGCAGACGUCCAUCUACGUCUAUGUAAACGACCCUGACAACCCUUUCAGGAAAUCGAUGGUGUUCAACAUCCUCACUCGCGUGGGUGAUGCUGCAUCCAUCCCCUGCCUGGCAACCGAUCCCAGUCUGGCCAACCUGCGCCUGGAAACCUGUUCCAGCUUGCCUCUGGCCAGCGGUCUCAGGGUGUCUGCCAGCCUGGAGCAAGGCAUGGUAAUCUACGACACCCAGAAGGCCUACGAAGGCUGCUACGUGUGCGUCGGGACGCUGCGGGGGCGAGGUGUACGCUCGCACAACUACCAUCUGACAGUCAAGCCAGUGCCUGUGGCGCCGCCUGUUAUUGAGAUGCAAGCGCCCGAGCUUGUCAUCCUCACGCUGCACGAGAGUCUGGUCCUCACUUGCAAUACCACCAAUGUCAACGGCGAGAUCAAGCUGAAGUGGGUCACACCACUUGGCUCGGGUGCCGUCUGGUAUCCACAGCAACCAGCAAAGGUUGACACUGCCUCGCGUAUCCUGGCCGAGCACUUCCAUCACAUACGCGGCGCCACCCUGCAAAUCGCCGCCGUCACGCACCGGGACGCCGGCCGCUACCGAUGCGAGGCCGAGAACGAGAAGGGUGUCAGCACACGGUCGGUGUGGCUGGACGUCUACGAUAAAGGAUUCAUCAACUUAACAUCGACAAGCAACACAAGCAUUCACGUGCGCUCCGGUGACAGCUUUUCCCUCACGGUGGACGUGGAGGCUUAUCCCAGACCCCACACCUUCUCCUGGAGCUUAAUGGGCCACCAGCUGAAGAACACCAGCGACCACGUCAUCACCACAAACAACCACGAAUACAGGCACAGCAGUGAGCUGAGGCUGGUGCGUCUAAAGACGUCGGAAGGUGGCGUUUAUACGUUUAAAGCUUCCAACCGUGACGCCUCGCUGAAUGAGACAUUUACCGUCUUUGUCACCACUAAACCUGAGAUUGUGUCUCACGAGGGCCCGGUGGACGGGCAGGUACGCUGCGUGGCUGAGGGCUUCCCCGCCCCACAGAUCACAUGGUUCUACUGCGAGCAGCCUUACGUCAGGUGCUCCCAGCAGGUGAAUGCCACCCAGGAGGAGCAGAAUAUCAUUACCGUCACACUGUUCAGUCCUGCGUUUGGCAAGACGGAGGUGGAGAGUCGGGUGAAUGUCAGCCGGGGACGGUUCAAUACUUUGGAGUGCGUGGCUACAGUAGAGGGAGAGCAGGCCUACACGCUCUUCUCCAUCAGCGAGAGAACCAUCCCCCACGGUUUGUUCACCCCACUGCUAAUUGGCUCGGUAUCAGCAGCAUCCGUCCUCUGUCUGAUCCUAAUCAUGCUCUUCUACAAGUACCUGCAGAAACCAAAAUACCAGGUACAGUGGAAAGUGAUCGAAGGAAUUCACGGGAACAACUACGUCUACAUUGACCCCACCCAGCUACCGUACGAUCACCAGUGGGAGUUUCCCAGAAACAACCUGCGUUUUGGGAAGACGCUGGGCUCUGGCGCCUUUGGGAAAGUGGUGGAGGCGACGGCGUACGGACUCUCCAAAGCGGACUCGGUCACCACGGUGGCAGUCAAGAUGCUCAAAUCGAGCGCUCACGCCACAGAGAAAGAAGCCUUGAUGUCUGAGUUAAAGGUCCUGAGCUACUUGGGCAACCACGUGAACAUCGUCAACCUGCUGGGAGCUUGCACCGUGGGAGGCCCCACGCUGGUGAUUACAGAGUACUGCUGCUUUGGUGACCUGCUUAACUUUCUGCGCAGGAAGAGGGAAUCUUUCAUCCUCGCCAAGAUGGAGGAAGAUUGCUACUAUCGGAACAUUCUAUCACAAAAGGAGACGGCGGGCAACAGCUUGAACGGCUACAUGAGUAUGAGGCCUUCUGCCGCUGGCGAGUCGCCGCCGUCAUCAUCAUCAUCAUCAUCAUUCGGCGAGAAGAGACGCUCAUUCCUCAAAGUUGGUUCCCAUCCUGAAGAAGACGGCGAGGAAGAAAUGUUUGACGACGACGGUCUGUCUCUAGACACCGAAGACCUUCUCAGCUUCUCCUACCAGGUGGCCAAAGGGAUGGAAUUCUUAGCCUCCAAGAAUUGUAUCCACCGAGACCUGGCGGCCAGGAACAUACUGCUGACUCAAGGACGGGUUGCGAAGAUCUGUGAUUUCGGCUUGGCACGCGACAUCACUACAGACUACAACUACGUGGUCAAAGGCAACGCUCGCCUGCCAGUCAAAUGGAUGUCUCCGGAAAGCAUCUUCGAGUGCGUGUACACGUUUGAGAGUGACGUGUGGUCGUACGGCAUCCUGCUGUGGGAGAUCUUCUCGCUAGGCAACAGUCCUUAUCCUGGAAUGCCGGUGGACGCCAAGUUUUACAAGAUGAUUAAAGAAGGAUACAGACUUGACUCUCCGGAGUUUGCGCCCAGUGAAAUGUAUCAGAUCAUGCACUCCUGCUGGGAAGCCGAGCCCAUCAAGAGACCCUCCUUCAGGAAGGUCGUGGAGAAGAUCGAACAGCAGCUCUCUGACACCACCAAGCAUAUCUAUCUGAACUUCAACUCCAGGCUCAAGGCGUCACCCAGAACUGCCAAACGAGCUGAGGAGGAGGAGGAGGAGGACCCGAGCAUUCCCAGCGCCAGCACCAGCGCUCCCACACAGCCCUUACUGGCCCAGCAUGAGGUCUUCCUGGAGGGGACGGGCCUCGGUGCGCAGCGGGUGUGAGGCUCCCGCCCUGGCCCCCUUUUUUUAAGAAGUGCCUCUCAAUGUUUUGCUACCAUGACAAAAAACACUGCCACCCUUACAAAAACAAUGGCUGCACACAAACUGAGCCCCCCCCCAUCACUGUGGCAACCGUCACUCCUGGAAGAAGAACAUUUGAUUACUAUGAUUUUUUUUUUUUUUUUUUUUUUUUUUGUUGUCCGUGGCUUCAAGGGAGGACAUUUGAAAUGAUGCCCCCAAUACGAAUAGCUUUAAGUCACAUUUAACAUUUCUGUCAAUUGAAGUUUUAUUACCUUUUUUUUUGUUAGUUUUUUGGUUAUUUUGAAAGGAAAAAAAAAAAAAAAAAAACGCACUGGAGGCACUUCAUAUCAUUCCAUACAUCCCAUAGUGCAGCUUUGGUGAUUUUUUUUAUUUUUAUUCGUCAGUAUUAUUCUCAAACUUGUUUUAAAAUGAAGGUGACAUUUAUUCACGGUCCGAUAUUAAACUGGAGCUAGUGGGACACUCGUUUAUAAUAAGCUAUCAGCUUCUGAGGACCACCAUGACAGUUCGCCUGUAGCGACAUGGUACGGUCGGGCUUAUGGACGACAGUAUUUGUCGCCGGGAUGUAAAAAAAAAAAAAAAAAAAAAAAAAAUACUGGUUCCAUACCCUAUGCGAUCAUUGUUUACAUGCUGUGGUACUGCCAUUUCUGAGACGUGUUUGUUGUUAUGUUGGACACGAAAUUGCCGUCGGGGACCACCAUCGCCGUCACUGUUGGGCUGCGGGUCAUUAAGUGCUCAUCUCACUCCAGAGGUCCCCUAUUUCCUUUCUUUGUUGUAAAGAGCAUCGGGAAAAGUGUCCUGUUUGUUAGCGUAAAUGAACAUUGUGCGGCUGUGUGUGUGCGAGAGACACAACUCAUUGUCUUUGUGUGCUUCUCUGAAUGUUACUGGACUAUCAUUGCUAUUAUUUUAAGAGGUGCCACUACUAUUUGGUGUCGUUUUUGGCCGUUCGCUUACAUGGCAACAAUGUUUUGGUGACAAAAAAAUUGUUACCUUUGUAACAAAAAAAACGGAAACAUACGAGGUAAAGUGGCGUUUUUUUUCCACUUAAGUGUAGCCUAGCUUGUUUUCCUGGAGUAAAUCACAAAACCCAAAACCAGUGAAGUUGAAAGAUAGUAAAUAAAAACAGAAUACAAUGAUUUGCAAAUUCUUUUCAACUUAUAUUCAAUUGAAUAGACUGCAUAGAAAAGAUACCUACUGUUCGAACUUGCAAAUAAUCAUAACUUAAAAUUUAAUGGCAGCAAGACAUUGCAAAAAAGUUAGCACAGGGGCAUUUUUACCACUGUGUUACAUGGCCUUUCCUUUUAACAACACUCAGUAAACAUUUGGGAACUGAGGAUCCAAUUUUUGAAGCUUUUCAGGUGGAAUUCUUUCCCAUUCUUGCUUGAUGUACAGCUUAAGUUGUUCAGCAGUCCGGGGGUCUCCGUUGUGGUAUUUUAGGCUUCAUAAUGCGCCACACAUUUUCAAUGAGAGACAGGUCUGGGCUACAGGCAGACCAGUCUAGUACCCGCACUCUUUUACUACGACGCCACGCUGUUGUAAGACGUGGCUUGGCAUUGUCUUGCUGAAAUAAGCAGGGGCGUCCAUGAUAACGCUUGGCUUUUUUUUCCUUUUAACAACACUCAGUAAACGUUUGGGAACUGAGGAGACCCAUUUUUUAAGCUUUUCAGGUGGAAUUAUUUUUUCUUUUUUUAAACAUGUUGCAGGCAUCAAAUUCCAGAUGAGCUAAUAUUUGUAAAAAAUUACAAAGUUUACCAGUUCGUACAUUAAGUAUCUUGUCUUUGCAGUCUAUUCUAUUGAAUAUAAGUUGAACAAGAUUUUCAAAUCAUUGUAUUCUGUUUUUAUUUAUGAUUUACACAGUGUGCCAACCUCACUGGUUUUGGGUUUUGUAGACUGGACCAACAGCAGCCUAGUAGUGCACUCCAUUAUGUCUCCAUGGCUUCAAGAUGCAAUUAAUCGACAAGUAAAUUGUAAAACAUGUUUUUGCCGUUACUUAUCUGUCAAACGGUACGUUCUAAAUAUGUCGACAAUUAUUAUUUUUUAAAUGUUUUGUAUAAUACCAAUGGCACUCAUUGUUCCUCUAUACCAGGGGACACCCAAACUACGGCCCCUACGGUCCAAAAUCCGGCCGCGGGUAGUCCCAAGUAAAAAAUAAAAAAAAUACAAAAAAAAUAUAUAUAUUUUUUUAAUUAUAAUUUUUGUAAUCUGCCCUUUUUUGCCCAUCGAUCAAUCCAUUUUCUACCGCUUGUUACUGGGUGUCCUAACCGCUCAGGCAAAUCAUAUUUACAAAUGCAUUUUCCCAUCGAUCACGUGACAUCACGCUUGUGUCGGAAAAGUGCGCUCUUUCAGUCAAUUAGUGCACGAGGGGGAAAAAAUUGGCAAAAUCGUUGGGGAAACCUAAAAUAGACUCCGAGUGUAGAGUUUUCAAACAUCAGUGCACAUAUCACUCUUUUUUUUUGUUCAAUGUAAGGCAAUACCGGGGUAGAGCGGAAUAUACGUUAGGUUAGGAAAAAACACAGCGGCUAUUUCAUCCCUACAAGCCUGUUUCGCAGGGCAGGGCAACCUGAGAAACAGGCUUGUUGCAGAAUACAGCUGAAAUAGGCUACAGCACCCCCCACAACCCUGAAAGGGACAAGCAGUAGAAAAUGUAUGUAUGUAUGUA